UGGGUGGCGGUCGCUCGGGGCCGCUCUGUCUGUCUGUCUGUCUGUCUGUCGGUCGGUCGGGGCGGCGCCGCUCGGGGCGGUCCGUGUAGGAGGAAGCGCAGCCGGGGCAGAGCGGCCCCGCAGCGGCCGGAGCCGCGCGGUCGGAGGUGGGCAGUGCCAGACAGGUCGUGUGUGUUGAUGAGGAGCAGGGAGAUGGAUCGCGGCAUCAGCCUGGAGAACCCCUAUGCCAGUGUCAACAUUCCACGGGAGCAGUUCCAGCAAAGCUUCAUCACUCGUUACCUGAAGGAUGAGCCCACCAUCAUUGCCAAUCCCGCAGCAGUGCCCGCCUACAUGGAGGAGAAGGCAGACUCUGCUAAUGGCUGGAACAGCCCAACCAUCUCCACAGAUAAGUCCUGGUCCCGUCCCUACAACCCCUAUGCCAGCCUGAGGAUGCCCAAUGGUGAAACGUCUGCUUCCUUCUACACUGUCACCCUGGACAAGCCCCCCAGGGCUCAGGAGCAGGGGGUUGGCAGGCGGUGUGGCUGCUGCAGGUGGUGCCCCUGCUGCCCAAAGUGCUGCUGUGUCAUCUCCUAAGGCCCUUCCCUGCACUCGUGGGUCAUGCUGACCAUGGGAUGGGGCCUGAUGAUCCCACAGGGACAAGGCUGCUGGCCUGGGCACCCCAGGGAGCUGCCCCUGGCACCUGGCAGAGCUGGCAGCUGGGACCUGGCACUGGUUGGACUCUGACAUUGCUUUUCACCUGUGAGCUCUUCAGCCAGACAAUCUGGUGAUGGGCACCUGCCAGGUCCUGAGACCCCAGUGUGGGGCCCAGGAGCCCUGAGGAUGAUGUGUGCCAGGGCAGACGCCACUGAGAAGUGCCUGCACUGGGGACGGGGCAGAACUUUGAGCCUGCAGUCCUGUACACUGCCCCUGCCAGUCUCCCCAGGCUGGGAAAUCUCCACGUCUGGGAAGGUGCAGGCACUGAGUAUGCCAAUGGAUAGGUUUGGAUAAUGGCAGUCCUGUGUGCAUGGCAGAGGAGGACAUCAUGACUACCUUGGAGCAGUGGAAAGAAGCCAGGGACAUGCCUCCAGCUGCUAUGGGGACCCACCUCCCCAGAACUGAGUCAUCCCCCGAACACCCAGAAUCAUGGGGAUGCUGCAGUGCCCUGUGCCAAGCUCCAGCUCCAGCUCCAGCUGGGUCCUGCUCCUCCUUGUCAAACUACCCCAGGACAGAGGGAAGGAGGCAGGAAGGACAGGCAGCCAAAGCAUGGCAGAGUGCCAGGCCAUGCCCCAGGGCAGCACCGGGUAGCACAGCACGGAUGUGAGCAUUAACAUCCCAGUGCUGGGAAACCCCCAGCCCCAUUCGGUUCCUCCUGCCAGGCUUAGGGGCACUGGACACAACUGCCCACACCAUCUGCAUCCCAGAGCACUGGGACUGGCUCCAGUGCAGAGGGCUAGCCCAGAUCCAGCAGCAGGGUGGCACUGGGGGCACCUUGCUGGUGGUGCAGAUCCCCAGCUUUUGCCUUCUGCAGCCCCCUGGGCACGACGGAAGGCGAGUGAGAAGCCGUCUGGCUCUUCACAACAUCCUGGGGCGGCUCCAGGCUGGGAGUCAUCUGGGUCUGGCACCAUCGACCUGGAACAAGCCUGCCAUUGUGCUGACGUCCCGCCAUGGUGUUGACGUCCCUCCAUGGUGCUGGAAUCCCUCCAUGGUGCUGGCAUCCCGCUGUGGUGUUGGCAUCCCAGGGGCAGUGGCGCUGCCAGGCAGUAGCAGCACAAGCACCGCAGCUGCUGCAGAACUGCCUGGUCUGCAGGAGCAGGGGCUUGGGAAGGGUGCCUGUGUUAGCAGAUGACUUCAGGGUGCUGCAAAUAAAGUUACAGUCAUCUCCUCCCCUGA